UCCCAUUCGCCAGCCCACGCUGUCAGUAAUGUCCGAACACCUCCCCUUUCCCAUCCCACCGGCGCUCUCCGAAAAUUGGCGCCAAACGACCUUACAGCAUUGGGACGAAACAGCGAAUCGGUGCUGGGAUCAUUCCAGGCACUUCCCGGGGCACGAUGAUCGGCCAGAGAACCAUUAACUCGUUUUUCGGGGCUGCAGUAAAGAAGAGAGCGGCAUCUACGGUGUGGGACGGAGAGGACUCAUGCAAGGCGGGAGAGGUGAGGGCUCAAUGCAAGGCGGGAGAGACCACUCCUGUGAAGAAGAGCAGGCCGUCCAAUGAGAAUGACAUCCCCUCAGCCGUGUCUCCUCCCCUCAGCCCCGAGCAGCUGGAGCGCAUGCAGAGGAAUAAGGCCGCUGCUCUGCAGAAACUCGCAGCCCGCCAUGCGCCCCAGGGCCUGGGGGAGAGCUGGAAACAGGAGCUGCUGGCUGAGUUUGCAAAACCCUACUUUGUCAAGCUAUCAAAUUUCAUUGCAGAAGAGAGAAAGAAAUGCACAGUUUAUCCACCACCAGAAGAGGUAUUCACCUGGACACAAAUGGUUGACAUCAAAGAUGUAAAGGUUGUUAUUUUAGGCCAAGAUCCUUAUCAUGGACCAAAUCAAGCUCAUGGUCUUUGCUUUAGUGUCAAGAAGCCAGUCCCACCUCCACCCAGCUUAGUGAAUAUGUACAAAGAACUAGAAACCGAUAUCGAAGGAUUUUCACGCCCAGGUCAUGGGGAUCUCACAGGCUGGGCCAAACAAGGAGUCCUCCUCCUCAAUGCUGUGCUGACAGUGCGAGCUCAUAAUGCAAACUCUCACAAGGACUGUGGAUGGGAACAGUUCACAGAUGUUGUGGUAUCCUGGCUAAAUAAGAACAUGGAUGGGUUGGUUUUCAUGCUGUGGGGAGCCUAUGCCCAGAAGAAAGGCAGCAAUAUUGACAGAAAAAGGCACCAUGUUCUUCAAACCGUGCACCCUUCUCCUCUCUCAGUCCACAGAGGCUUUUUUGGCUGUCGUCAUUUCUCCAAAACGAAUGCCUACCUCCAGGGACUGGGAAAAAAGCCUAUUGACUGGAAAGCUCUGUGACAAAUUGCCUUUCCCCCAUUAGUUGGCCACAUUUGGCAAGCACUUAUAGUUGUGGGCAAUAGUUGACUACUCUUGAUUAAACACUAAGUGAUAUUUCUUCAUGUAAAAGCCCUUUUAAACCACAACUAUUUCAGUAUUGGCAAAACUAGUGCCUUACUUAGAACUGAGUUGGUGUCGUUUCUGUGAAAAUGAUUGUUUUGUACUAUGGAACAACUGUAGAUGUCUCUUGUUUUAAUGGCAUAAUACCAUCUUAUAGCACUAGGCUAGCUCCAUGCCAUUUAGACAAUCUAUAACCAUUGGUUUUCAAGUGUGUGUAUAUAGUUGUAAAAAAAAAAAAAAAAGUGAAUUUUUUAACAUUUGCUUGUAGGGGAACAAUUAAAGUUUGUAAUGUUUUUGCUAUUAUUGUUUUGUUUUGAAAAACAUAAGUUCACCUUUAAAAAAGUU